AGCUCUCAUAGCGCCGCAACGGACUGCGGUCCUCCCGUUUUUCUUCACGAACAAACGUGUAAAAAUGUCCGGCGGGGGAGACACCCGCGUUCUCCUCCAAGAAGCCGGCCAAGAGAGUCCGAGGAUGCCGGCCUGGAAGCGAGAAAUCCUGGAGAGGAGGAAGGCUAAGGGCGGCGUUUCUGCCCCGGAGGCGAGCCCCGGUGGCGCUCACGUGAACGGAGAGCUGACGGGAAACGUGAACGGCAGCGGCGGUGGUCCGAGGAGAGACGGCGAGCCGAGCGGUGUGACCGGGCGGAACUACACUAUCACCACGGCCAGCCAACAUUUCGCCCACAACAAAGAGCCCCGAGCGGCGGCGGCGGCUGAGAGGAUGGCACCGAGAGAGAGUCUGGUGCUGCAGGAGAGUCUGGGGCCGCUGGAGGAGAACCCGUUCAUCAAGCUGGAGAAGGAGCGCAGGAAGCGGCAGGACCGGGAGAACACCGCCCGUCCGGUCCAGCACAUCCUGGAGCUGUACGGGAGCGUCCCUGGGAUCAGAACCAUCCGGGCCGAGAACAUCAUCAUCAUCGAGUCGGAUCCGGAUUACUUCCAGGAGGCCGGAGACGGUAAAAGCUGGCAGCCGAACGGCGGGGACAGUUACAGCUCUCUGAACGACCUGCUUGAGCGGAAAGGCAGCGCGGUGACGGAGAUCAGAGCCAAGGAGGUGGUCAUCUACGACAACACGCUGAGCCGGAGCGAGGAGAACCUCAGCACCCUGGGCCGCCCGGAUCAGGUCUCCGAUGAUGCCGCAGAGGGCCAGGGGAGGGUCAGCCGGAUCCUGCAGAAGUUCGACUGCAACUAUGGGAAGCUGCAGAAGAAGUCCCGCAGCACAGAUAACCUGCUGGACCUGGAUUGUAGUGCCAGUGCCAGGCCAAGACGUUGGUCCAAGCCACAGCCAGAUCUGGUGCCAAAUCCCAGAAGUCCAACCUUCAGCAGCCAGCCAACGUUGCCUGUCUUCCAGGCUCCUUGGACUCCCAAACCAAAGCCACAGCUGCAGCAGCAUCCAGGGUCCCCCCAGCCUGUGUCCUCCUUCCGGCAGAGGUUUGAAGUGCCCCCUGUUCAGGCUGUGGUCCCCAGAGAUGAACCAGACAGAGGGCAGAGCAAGAUCACCAGGGAGCGAGACUGGGAGGGCGCCGAGGUGCCCCCCAGACCUAAGGUGCCAUGUUCUCCCGAGACCCGCCGUACCCGUGCCGAGUCCUCCUCACUGCCCAUCUCCUCGAAAGUUAUACGCUCCUCCUCUGAGUUCGAGAUCCGUCCCUCCCCUAAGCCGGACAUUGACCGGAUCCCAGAUGGAGACACCCAGGCUAGGGCCCUCGCAAACCUGCGUCUGCAGUCCAAAAACUCCUUCACGGUGGUCCCAAAGCGUCACCUCGAAACCUCGACCGGCAGCCCUGGACCCCAAAGCCCAGUCAAGUCGUCACCCUCACACAGAGCAGCUGAAGCGCCCUCACCGGGAGUGCCAACCCCUCGCUCCCCAACACUCCCUGCCCCUCGCUCCCCAACACUCCCAGCGCUCACAAAGAAGAAAGAGGAGAAAGUUCAAGAGAAGAAAGAACCUCAAGCGCCUCCUGUUCCUCCUCCAGCCAGUGAACCUGUAGCUCCUUCCUCUCCACCUGUCCUGACCUCACCCUCUCCACCCUCAGAGCAUCCCACCGUGGACAAACUGCCAGUCACAAAUAUCGACGACAUCGAGGUGGAGCCCGCGCAGCGUGGCCCCGUCCCCAGCCCCAUGGUACAGAGAAAAAAGGGCAACACCUUCACCGUGGUGCCUAAACGUAACCAGCAGACCCCAGCCGAGCCCCAGCAGGAGGCUCCGAUUGAGGCCCCACCGGAGUCAACGGCACAGCGACCAAAGUAUCCCCAGCUGGGCAGUCGGCUGAAGAAACGCUACCCCGCCGUGGAGGACAUAGAGGUCAUCGGAGGGUACCUGAGCCUCGCCAAGUCCUGCCUCUCCAAGACCGGCUCUGUGGGCAAGAAGCUAAAGAUCUCCUUCAACGAGUCCAGCCUUCACAGCACCUACGAGUACCCGUCAGAGAGUAGCACGUGGGACAGCGGGGAGGAAGACGAGGAGGAAAAACAGGAAGCGAAGCCGGCGGACGAGCAGCCCAGCAUGGUGGGACGUUUCCACAUCCCCCGCCCCAGCCUGAUCGGCUCGCCGGUCCACGCAGAAAACGGCAACGACCUUUCUAGCUACAUUCCCAAACACUCUGUGGACUUCAACGCCUGGCAGGAAAACAAACAAGAAGACAAAGUUUACCAGGAAGAACCCACAUCGCCGCAGAUCUCAGAGGAGGUCAUGCUGACGCCAGCAGACAGCUCCUCCCUGUCCGACUACAGCAGCGAGCCGGCUCUCUACUUCUGAUCGCUGCGGACGGCGGCAGCAUCUCCUGAAAAUCCGGCGGGGAUUUCGCCACACGUCCAGGCCCGACUGCAAGCACACGCUGCUCCGACCCCGCUGUUUUCCUGCCAUCGGAGAAGUUUCCAACCUCUUUAGGAGGAAGCAACAAAUCGGAAUAAAGAAAGAAAGAAGCAGCUGGCCUGUGUUUCCCCCCUUUGAUUGCGGACAGUUGAUCUGUCCCAUACUCUCACUCAUCGGUGCCGGAAGUCAGUGUUAGGAUUUUCCUUUCCUUUCUGUACAGAUUAUAAAUAGCAGACAUACAAACUGAAAAACUACUAAAAAUGAAGGUAUAAGGGUGCCACGUUUAAAUUUUUUUCUUUGGUCAUUUUUUUUUUUUGUACGUGCAUGUUUGUUUUCAUGUUUACUGUAAAGCUUCUCUUCGCCUUUCUUUUAGUUGGAGGUCUCUUUGCCGUAUUAAAUUUGCUGGAUGUUUCUCAGAGGUGUUUUAAAACCUCCUUUCUUUUGUUUGAAAGGAGUCGAUCAAGACGCCCGUCAAUCAGUAGCAGCUUUUAUUCCGUAUUGAACGCUCGGGAAAUAAAAGUGACCUUCGCCAAUAAUAGUAAUAAAAAUAACGUCUGUAUGUCCCUAAACUGAAUCAUCGCUUUGCAGAAUGUGUUCAUGUGAGCUGUAAAGACAAAUGUUCCGAUCUGACGGCUUUUUUCCGACUUCUGGUCUGUGCGAUCCGUGUUUGCGUGUGUGAAGUAAAUCAGGAGAAGCAGGAAAAGCUUCUUACUGGAUUAUUUUCCUUCAUUUUUUUUUUUUUUUUCUCCUGUCAGACCUCAAGUACUUUGACAUUCCACAGAGAGAGCAGCCAUUUUAUUUAAGGCUUCUGUGUUGAAUGUUAUAUUAGUGGGAAUUAGGCAUGGGUUGGAUUCAGAUUAUUGCAUCAUAUUUGCACAAUUUAAAGCUAUAUCAUCAUAAGAGCAGGUAAAAAGAGAGUGAAUAAAUAAUGGGACCGAGCAUAGAACCCUGAGGAACCCCACAUCUAAAGAUCUCACGUCGUUUCUUCUCUUUUUCUGGCAUCUCAUCUACAUAUUUAUUUUGGGAUUUGCUUAAACAAGAUGAAUGAAAAUGAUUAAACUCUUUAUUUAAUGCAGAUUUUCUAUAACUGAUACGAUUAAGGAAAAUUGGCUGUUUCUCUAGUUUAUGAUCGAGGUAUCCCAACAAUAUUGCGACGUAAACUGCGGUAACCAGCCCAUGCCUAGUGGGAAAGUAUGCCGUGAGAAAAUGGGCUUGUGAUCGUUUAUAUAUAUUUUCUUUUCUACCGAUUUGUUUUUAUACAAAGGAAAGUUUUCAGAUGAUUUUAUUUUUCUUGAACUCAUAAUGCCAACUGAUUCAAAUGUUGCCGUUCUGGCCUCGCACUCGUCCGUCCACCAGUGUUUCCAGACUCAAAAGAUCCACGUAACGCUGGUCAUUUUCUCCACAAUCAUCUGGAACCUUUUCAGUCCUUGAAGCUGGAUUUCUGUUGUUUUCAGUUAAAGUCCUGGAGUCUUCAAUGUUGCAC